AUGUCACUGAGUUUCCCCCUUGCCCUCUCCAGCAUCCUCGGCCGCAAAAUGUCCGCUGUCCGUUUCUCCUCGCUCGUUAAGACUGGAGGUCAAUACCACUGGGUGGCUGUUCUUGCUCCUGUAAAGAGUCGAGCGGUCGCAUCGUGGUUUACAGGAUGGAUCUCCAUAGGAGGCCAGAUCGUACUUACCGCAUCUGCAGCCUUCGCAGGUGGACUGCAAUACCAGGCCCUCAUCACACUGAAUCAUCCCGACUCAUAUGUCCCACAGCGAUAUCAAGGAAUGAUGUUCUACUGGCUCAUUCUUGUUUACAGUGCCGCGAUCAACAUAUGGGGAGUGAAAAUACUUCCGCAUGCCAACCUCACAGCCGGGGUUCUACAUGUCGUGGGCUUUCUAGUUAUCACGUCAGUGGUUGGCGCAAGAUCUGAGAAGCACUCAGCCAAUUACGUUUUCGUCGAAAUCUCGAACUCUAGUGGUUGGUCCAGCGACAGCCUGGCUUGGUUGGUAGGCUUGCUGAGCUGUGUCUAUCCCUUCCUUGGGUAUGCUGCUUCUGUAUAUCACAAAAGACAUAAAAAUGACCACUUGAGUAGGUAUGAUGCCGCUGCACAUUUGGCCGAGGAGUUGCCCAGUCCUGCAAGGAAUGUUCCAUUGGCAAUGGUCGGUUCUGUGGUUGCAAACGGAGUCCUUGGCUUCAUAUACUGCCUGGUUUUGCUUUUCUCGCUUGGGGAUCUUACCGAAUUGCUGGAAUCACCCACCGGUUUCCCGUUCAUCCAGCUCUUCCUCAAUGUCACAUACUCUCAGGCUGGCGCUACGAUCCUUGCUUUGAUCAUAUGUCUCAUCGCCAGCGUAGCGAACGCAGCAGGGCUCACUUCCGCAAGCCGAACCUUCUGGGCUUUCGCACGAGAUGAUGCUGCUCCAUUUUCCAAAUACUUCUCCCACGUAGACCAGAAAUUGCAAGUGCCGGUACGAAUGAUCGUCUUAGUCUCGGUCUUGCAGGGACUGUUGGGAUUCAUCUACCUCGGAAGUACGACUGCUUUCAAUGCCAUCCUCUCGAUGGCCAUUAUUGGAACUUAUCUGUCAUACCUUCUUCCGGUUAUUUAUAUGGUACGCUUUGGACGCCCAAGACUCUCGCCAGCCGAAUAUGGACCUUUCAGACUCGGUAAAGUUGGCGGAAUAGUGGUCAACAUCAUCGCAAUCAUCUGGCUAAUUUUUGCAAUGAUUUUCUCCACAUUUCCAAGUCUUCAGCCUGUGACGGCUCAGAACAUGAACUAUAGCACAGUGGUUCUUGCCGGGUGGGUUGCGGGUGGUGCUAUAUAUUAUUUCCUGGUGGCGAGGAAGGUGUACCAUGGCCCUAUUGUCGAAACUGAGACCUUGACUGCACAGGUACCAAAGUGA